AUGAAACUUAAAAAUAUUUAAUUAUAUAUUAGUUCUUGUCUUUAGUCUUUUAAUAUUUCGGUUCGAUUUUCUCUCGGGUGUGUUCGUAUGAGUGAGUGCAUCAUUGAUUCGUCGUGCUUUUUUCGCGACUCGUUACAAUGGCAAUUUCGACAGAUUUUAAUAAAGUUUUUCUGUGAAAGUUUGUUCUUGUUGAUAUAACUUUGAUUAAAUGAAAUAAUUUUUUAGUGUUAUCUAAAUGUUUUUAUAGAUUGAGUUGUUUAAAAAUUGUGUAAAUAAAUUUACAAAACAAAGUUAAAUAUUCGAUGCAACUCGUUGAUUUAUUGCUCAUACGAUUCGGAAGCCGUGCAGUUGUGUGUGUACAAGCGAGUAUAAUAUGCAUAGAAAUUCGUUUUUUCAUUAUACUCGCUGUUCACUUAUUUAUGUCAAAAUUGAAAAGUUCAUGUGCAAUUAAAUAACGCAGAUAUUUUUGUAUAAUGCAAAAAAGGCGCAAUAUUACAUUCAAUGAAAACAAUGUUAUGUGCUGAAGAUGUUGUUGGUGAUAAACGUCAGCGUUUAAAAAUAUUGAUUAGAGAAAAAUAAAAUGUGUAAAGUGUUAAUAAACAAAUAACUGACAGUAUGAACCUAAAUCUUGUUCACUUACACCUACCAUUUACUUCAACAACUCUGAGAACUGCACAUAUUCAUCAAGCCAGAAGAUUCGUAGAAACUAAAUAAACGAGAAGGAAUACAAAGCCGGAAUUUCACGGCCCACCUUUUCUACUUAUGACACAAAAUGCACUCAAUCGCAGUCGACAUAAUCGCUUUAACUCUGUUGGAACAUUUUGUAAUUGUGCGAAAGCGAUUUCAAAGAGUGUACCCUUUUAUAAAAAAAUUUCUGAAAAGCAUCCACGGUGAACAACAAUACCAAAUUGGGAAAGUUUUGCCUUCUUAUACUGUUAUCUCGGCGGUGACUGCAUCAGUUUCGAGUGAUCCACUUCGGCAAAUUAAACCAUUUUUGGAAAAUACAACUUUUCACAACAAGCGUAUUAUGUUUUAAACUACCGAGCCAUCUAUUAAUCUUAUAUAAUUUCGCGCUUUUGACACAAACAAUAUAAACUUUCAAUUUACCGUUUGCAAAAUUUGGACUAUAUUAUAGAAAAACCGUUUCGUUUAUCAGAUACAAAAUAAAGUGAUAGCCUGCAAAACUUUCAUUCAUCUACAUACAUUAAGAGCAAAAUAAGGAUAUCUCCAUGAUGGCAGAUCAUUUGGAUGAACCGCCUCAAAAGCGGACAAAAAUGGAUCCAACGGAUUAUGUGUCUGUCUUAGAAGAUGAUCUACCAGACGAACUUGUUACUGCCAACAGUAAUUGGCCAGAUCCUUUGGGUGGCGGGCCCGGAGGUCCAGGAUCUGGUCUUGGAGUCAAUGUAGUUGGUGGGCCUAACAAACCGCCUGCUCAAGGUCCCGGACCAGGUGGAUCACAAAUGAAUGGAGGUGGUGACGAUACAUCGGGUGUGGGUGGUAAUCAAGUAGGUGGAAAUCCUUUGAGACAAAUGCAACACCAUCAACAUCUGCAACAGUUAUUGCAACAACAAGGAAAUAAAAAUCCCGGAAUGAUAGGAAAUCCAAUGGGCGGAGGGGGCUUAAAUCAACUAGGAAGUAAAUCACCUAACAUGCAGUCACCAAACGCAGCUGGAAUGCAAGUAGUUAGUGGGCAGAUGGGCAUGGUGAAUUCUAUGUCUAUGUCGAUUUCUAACAAUGGAAAUCAAGGAAUGAAUACAAUGCCUGGCAUGAAUACCAUUGCUCAGGGUAAUUUAGGAGGCAUGGUGAUCACCAAUAGUAAUUUGGGCAGUUUGGGUGGAAAUGCUGGAAUGGUAAACACAUUGAAACAACAAAUUAGUGCUGGCGCUGGAGGCAUGAUGACAGCUGGUCCUGGUGGAGUUGGACCAGUUGGGAAUAUGGGUCCUGUUGGCGGACCAAAUCAAGGAAUGCAUUUAGGUGGCGGACCAGGUCAUCCGCAAGGCUUACAGAAUGGUCCAAUGAUGGGAAGAAUGGUCGGACAACAUCUACCACGUGGCCCCAAUCCACAUUUAAUGGCUGGCAAUGGACCUGGAGUUGGACCAGGCGGAGGUCCACGAAUGCAGAAUCCAAAUAUUCAAAUGGCUCAACGACCAGAUGUGUUAAACGGUAAUCUAACAUACGGUGGUCCAGGUCAAAUGGCGAACAUGGUUGGCGGCAAUGUUCCAGUCGGGCCUAAUGGACCCUAUGGAAAUACCGUAGGUGGUGUUGGAAAUUAUGGUGGUCCGGGUGGACCUCAAAGUGGGCUGAAUGUAAACCCAAAUAAUCCGCAGCAGCAACUUUUGGCACAACAAAUGGCUCAACGUGGCGGAGUUCAUCACAUGCUACAGGGAAGCCGACCUGGAGUGCCAAUGGGAAUGGCUGGUGUUGGAAAUGAUGGUACAGCGGGAGGUCUAGUAGGUGGUCCUCAACAACAACAGCAGCAACAGCAACAAAUGGGUCCAAACCAACAACAAAAUACGCAAGGUGGUGUUAUGGGAGGCUCGGGAAUGGGACCUCGACCACCACAACCAGGAGGUGGUCCACAACAAAAUCAAAUUCUCCAUCAACAGCAACAACAACAACCAGGCACUUCACAACAGUCAAGUGGUGGUGCAGCUGGUGGUAGUAGCACAGGUGGUGGCUCUGGUGGCGGAGGUCAACAUCUAUCCGAGGAACGCAAAAAACAUAUACAACAACAACUCGUUCUAUUAUUACAUGCACACAAAUGUAAUCGCCGCGAAACCCUCAAUCCUAACCGAGAAAAAUGUAUAGUACCAUAUUGUAAGUCCAUGCAAGAUGUACUGGCGCAUAUGGCAACCUGUAAACAGAGUAAAGAAUGUAGUGUACAACAUUGUACCUCUUCUCGGCAAAUUCUGUUGCAUUAUAAGACUUGUACGCGUUCGGAUUGUAUUAUUUGCUUUCCGUUUCGACAGCAACAGUAUGGGCCAAACGCCAGCGGAGCGAAUGCCAACGCAAAUGCUAAUCAACCUUUGCAAAAUAUGGUAAAGCAACAACAACAACAACAACAGCAACAUCAGCAACCCGACGGAAGUUCUGUAGGUGGAGGUGGUCCUCAAAAUUCUGGAAUAACUCAACAGAAUACCGGUGGACCAAAUAUUGUUACCGGGCCGGGCGGACAAAUGGGCAUGCCCGGUGGUCCAAAUCAACAACAGUUAGGCGUUAAGCCGAAUGUGGACAUUUCACAACAAAUGCAACAACAAAAUGCACAGAAUCCGAAUCAAGAGAUACGACGUUUCGACAGUUUGGGCAUGCAAGGUGCUGUUUCUAAUGCAGGACCGGGAGCUAACAUGUUACAGAACAAUGCGGUGAAUACCCAGCAGCAAUUGCAGGGUAUACGCAUGCCGGGGGGCGGACCAGCAGUUCGUGUUAUGUCUGCGCAAGUUGGAGGACCCGGAGGUGGCAUUGGUACCGGUUCAAACGCCAACACUAUAAUGGGCAAUAACAUGAUGAUUGGCGGUGCUGCUGGCCAAGAUGGUGGCAUGCAACAGCAAACACAAAAUGUUCAACAACAGGUGCUUUUACAGGGCGGAAGUGGCGGAGGACAUAACCCACAGUUGGCAGGUUUAAUUAGUGGACCGAAUACCAGCAAUGCGGGUCAAAAUCAACAAAAUGCUGGACAGCAGCAACAGCAAUCAAACAUUCCUCUUUCAGUGAACGUUCACAAUUUUAACAACAAUUCCACGUUUAACAAUGCGCAGUUAAGUGCCAAUACCGGCAAUACAGGUGACAUGGUAGGCAUAGGUGGAAAUGGUCCUCCACCGAACAAGCAGAUGGUGAGCGCACAAGAGUUGGCGAAAUUAAAAUUGCAAUCGCAUAAUGUAGCAAUGGCUAAUUCAACAACUGUAAGUGGCACAUCUGGCGGACCUGGCGGAGUUGUAGGAGGUAACGGUAGUUCAGGUGGACCCGCCGCACCAGGGGGAAAUGGCGUAAAUUCUGGUAUGGUAGGCCCUCAAGCUAACAAUGCACAAAGCGGUGGGGCAACAACGUCACAAGGAGGCGCAAACAACAAUACUGGAUCGGAAGAAAGAGACUGGCGGGAGUCAGUAACAGCAGAUUUACGAAAACAUCUUGUGCACAAACUUGUGCAAGCAAUAUUCCCAACAUCGGAUCCAACAACUAUGGCUGAUAAACGUAUGACUAAUCUGGUUUCAUACGCAGAGAAAGUUGAAAAAGAUAUGUACGAAGCAGCCAAGUCGCGAUCAGAGUAUUAUCACUUGCUUGCUGAAAAGAUCUAUAAAAUACAAAAGGAAUUGGAAGAGAAGCGUAUCAAACGAAAAGAGCAACAAAUGCUAAUAAUGCAGCAACAGCAACAAAGCUCUGGAGGAGGAGGAUCCGGCCCAGGGCCGAGUAACGCGGUUCCAGUUGGUCAACAACUUCCUCCUGGUCAUCCUCAAGCACAACAAACCCAAAUCCGACCAAUGAUUAGCCCUAUGGGUGGCGCUGGAGGGCAGGGUAUGCCAAUGGGAGCUACCGGUAUGAUGCAACCGCAAAUGAGAGGACAAGCUCCAGGUAACGUGGGCAUGAUGCCUGGACAGGGCGGUCAAAAUAUGGUAGGAAUACGGAGUCACUCUCCUGGGGGUAAUUUGCUAGCUUUACAUCAACAGCAACAACAAAGGAUGCAAUUCCCUCAACAGCAACAAGGCAAUUUACUGGUCGGUCCACCAGGUCCCAGUCCAAAUAGUGGCAUGGGUACAAUGCCUACAUCUACACCACAGAGUAUUGUCGUGCCAAGUCCAGUUUUGUCCCCCUACGGUGUCCAAGUGAUUCCAGCUAGUCAAGUAGGUCCCGGGGGUGUCACAAAUGUAUUGACAAGUCCAGUGCCUUGUCCACAGCAGUUCAUCACUGCAAACGGCGCCAACGGAACACAGUCGGCUCAGCAAAUUUCCGAAAUAAUGAAACAACGGCUUAUGCAAGCUCAACACCAGCAGCAACAACAACAGCAACAGCAGCAACAACAACAAUCGAAUAUGUUGUUACCACAAUCACCAUUCAAUAAUCCUGCACAUAUACAACAGCAGCAACAACAAAAUCCCUUCCCCUCACCCAUGUCGCAGCAGCAGCAGCAACAACAACAACAACAGCAACAGCAGCAACAACAACAGCAGCAGCAACAACAACAGCUACAACAGCAGCAGCAGCAGCAACAACAACAACAACAGCAACAGAAGCAAAAUGCAGGAACAGUGGGAAAUAUGCCGCCAACACCUACUAGUCUAGAGUCUUUAGUCAGUGGGGGUUCGGUUGGUACGAAUGCUGCAAUUGGUGGUCCCGCAACAGGUGGCAUGGUUGCAGCUCCUAGUCCCUCACCUAAUUUCCUGCCAAAUGGUCCAAUAGGUACCCCAUCAAACAAUCCACCAUCGGUUACAUCACUUAUGCAGCCCCUGAGUGAACGUGCAAGCAGCACUCCUCCCAUUAUGGCGGCUUCACCAUCAUCUGGAGUACCUGGUACCUCGUUGUCGGUGAAUGCUAGUAUAGCGUCAAGUACUACUGGCGUACCAAUGAGUGGUACAGGAACAACAUUAACCACAACCGCAUCAUCUUCCAGCUCUGCUGUAUCGGUGACAGUACCAUCUAAUACUGUCAAUACAAGUAGUAAUGGUCCCACAAUAGCUCAACAACAACAACAAAUAUCAAUGGGAAAAGGCGGUAAUAGCAACAGCAGUAGUAGCGCGAGCACAGCAGCCACCACUACCUCAACAUCGACUGUAAUGAGUUCACGUCCUUCAUCUAGCAGUAAUCUUUCAUCACAAAUGGCCGCCUUAGAAGCGGCCGCCCGCGAUAACGAUGAGACUCCUCCAUCGCCAAGUGCGGACUCUGGCGGUGAGAGUGGUAAUGCUUCGAAAGGCAAGUUGGACUCUAUUAAACAGGAAGAUGAUAUUAAAAAGGAGUAUAUGGAAGAUGGCAGUGGCGGGGCUGGAGAUAAUUCCCAAAUGGACUCAUCAUCAGCCGGUGUAGGUAAAAAUGCCAACAAUGAUGGCACCAAUUCGAAAAAUGAAAUCAAGACUGAAGACGGUGAUUCCCUAAUAAAAGCUGAACCAAUGGACACUGACGAUAACAGUGGCACCAAUGGUGUAGGUAGGAGCGGAAAUGCCAGCGCUGAUAACAAACACGACCCAAAAUCAUCGACAGAUGGCGAUGUUAAAAUGAAAUCAGAAACAAAACCGGUAGUACCGGAGCCACUGAUGCCAAAUGCUGGUGAUAAAAAGAAGAAAUGCGUAUUUAAUCCCGAGGAGUUAAAACAAGCGCUGUUGCCAACUCUAGACAAGCUGAUGCACCACGAACCCGAAUCAGCACCGUUUCGUUGUCCUGUGGAUCCACAAAUACUUGGCAUACCAGACUACUUUGAUAUUGUCAAGAAGCCCAUGGAUUUGGGUACCAUACGAAAUAAUUUGAUGAAUGGCAAAUACAAUGAUCCAUGGGAAUAUGUCGACGAUGUGUGGCUAAUGUUUGACAAUGCCUGGCUGUAUAAUCGGAAAACUUCGCGUGUUUACCGAUAUUGUACAAAGCUAUCUGAGGUAUUUGAGCAAGAAAUAGAUCCAGUGAUGCAAGCUUUGGGGUACUGUUGUGGACGAAAAUACACAUUUAAUCCGCAGGUGCUGUGUUGCUUUGGAAAACAGCUUUGUACUAUCCCACGUGAUGCCAAGUAUUACAGUUAUCAAAAUAGUCUAAAGGAUUAUGGUGUUGCCUCAAACAGAUACACCUUUUGCCAGAAAUGCUUCAACGACAUACAAGGAGACACCGUUACUCUGGGUGAUGAUCCACAACAGUCUCAAACUCAAAUUCGUAAAGAUCAAUUCAGAGAGAUGAAAAAUGAUCAUUUGGAGCUCGAACCGUUUGUUGAUUGUCAGGAAUGCGGUCGCAAGCAACAUCAGAUAUGUGUACUGUGGCUAGAUACAAUUUGGCCCGGCGGCUUUGUGUGUGAUAACUGUUUGAAGAAAAAGAAUUCUAAACGGAAGGAGAACAAAUUUAAUGCAAAACGUUUGCCUACCACAAAACUGGGAAUAUACAUUGAGACACGUGUUAAUAACUUUUUGAAGAAAAAAGAAGCCGGUGCCGGUGAAGUGCAUAUUCGUGUUGUAUCAUCUUCAGAUAAAUGUGUAGAAGUGAAACCAGGUAUGCGACGACGAUUUGUUGAUAACGGUGAAAUGUCUUCGGAAUUUCCGUACCGAGCGAAAGCACUAUUCGCCUUUGAGGAAGUGGAUGGUGUUGACGUAUGCUUCUUUGGCAUGCAUGUACAAGAAUAUGGCUCUGAGUGUCCGCAACCGAAUACGCGGCGUGUCUACAUUGCUUAUUUGGAUUCCGUGCAUUUCUUUAAACCACGUCAGUAUCGUACCGCUGUGUAUCACGAAAUUCUGCUGGGUUAUAUGGACUAUGUUAAACAAUUAGGGUACACCAUGGCUCACAUUUGGGCAUGUCCACCUUCUGAGGGUGAUGAUUACAUAUUCCAUUGCCAUCCGACAGAUCAAAAAAUACCAAAACCAAAACGAUUACAAGAAUGGUACAAAAAGAUGUUGGAUAAAGGCAUGAUUGAGCGUACCAUACAGGAUUACAAAGACAUAUUGAAGCAAGCUAUGGAAGACAAAUUAACUUCUGCUGCAGAAUUGCCUUAUUUUGAAGGUGAUUUUUGGCCCAAUGUACUGGAAGAAAGCAUUAAGGAAUUGGACCAGGAGGAAGAGGAAAAACGUAAACAGGCAGAAGCAGCAGAAGCCGCAGCAGCCGCAAAUAUAUUCUCGAUUGAGGAUAAUGAAGUAAGCGGCGACGGAAAGAAAAAGGGCCAGAAAAAGGCAAAAAAAUCAAAUAAAUCUAAAGCUGCACAGCGUAAAAAUAACAAGAAAAGUAAUGAGCAACAAACAGGCAAUGACCUAUCUGCCAAGAUUUACGCCACUAUGGAAAAACACAAAGAGGUGUUCUUUGUGAUACGCUUGCAUUCGGCGCAAUCAGCUGCAAGCUUAGCGCCAAUACAAGAUCCAGAUCCACUUUUAGCCUGUGAUUUAAUGGAUGGUCGUGAUGCGUUCCUUACGUUGGCGAGAGAUAAACAUUUCGAAUUUUCAUCACUUCGCCGCGCACAAUUUUCUACCCUCUGCAUGUUGUAUGAACUGCACAACCAGGGACAAGACAAGUUUGUUUACACUUGCAACAACUGUAAAACUGCGGUCGAAACGCGAUACCAUUGUACUGUUUGUGAUGACUUCGAUCUCUGUUCGGUGUGCAAGGAGAAAGUUGGUCAUCCACAUAAAAUGGAGAAACUUGGACUCGACAUUGAUGAUGGUUCAUCACCAGCUGAUCUCAAGCAAGCUAAUCCUCAAGAAGCUCGCAAACAAUCCAUACAGCGCUGCAUACAGUCACUGGUGCAUGCUUGCCAGUGUCGAGAUGCAAAUUGUCGUCUUCCAUCGUGUCAGAAGAUGAAACGUGUCGUACAGCACACGAAAAACUGCAAACGAAAGACCAAUGGCGGAUGUCCAAUUUGCAAGCAGCUUAUUGCGCUUUGCUGCUACCAUGCUAAACACUGCCAGGAGCAGAAAUGUCCAGUACCCUUCUGUCCAAAUAUCAAGCAUAAGCUCAAACAGCAACAAUUACAACAAAAAUUACAACAGCAGCAACUUCUACGUCGUCGUAUGGCACUUAUGACUCGAACCGUUACAACACCGGCAGCUUUGGCCGGUGGACCUGUGGUUGGAACUGGUCCAGUUGUAGGGCCAGGAGGUGUUGUCGGACCUGGUGGCGUUGGCGUUGGCGUUGGAGUAGGAGUACCAGGAGUGGGAGUGGCUCAGCCAACCAUGCCUGGGCAACCUGCUCUAAUGUCAGUUACUGCAGCGGGUGGUAUGAGCCCCUCUACUGUAGCUGUACCUUCUCCAGUUUCGGCGCCGAUGGGUGGCGGAAUGACUUCACCACACCCUCAUCAACCUGGUAUCGGAAUGAAGCCAGGCGGAGGACAUUCGCCUUCGCCGACGGUGCUGCAAGUUGUUAAGCAGGUACAGGAGGAAGCCGCUCGGCAGCAAGGUGGUCCUAUGCCUCCACCUGUAAUUCAACGACAUAUUGGUGGAAUGCCUAACCAAGGCAAUCCAGGCGGUGGUAUGAUUGGAAGUAAUGUUGGAAAUGUGGGUGUUGGUGUUGGUGUUGGUGGUGUUGGUGUGAAUCAAAUGGGACCUAGUGGCGUAAAUACCGUCAUGGGUAAUAAUAUGCCUAUGGAUCAGUGGAAUAGCGGUAAUCGUUAUCAAGGUAACGCCAACCAGGGUAUGCGUCAACCCAACCAAACACAAGUGCAAAUGCAGCAAAACACGAUGCAAUCGAAUAUGAUGAGUAUGGUGGGUGCUGGUGGUUCAACUCAAAUGCUUGGUGGUCCUGUUGGCAAUAUGGGUGCUGGCAAUGCUGGUGGUGGUAUAACAGGCAAUGCUGGUAUCAGUGGAAUGAAUAGCCCUGGUGGUGGCAUGGGUGGUAUGGUCGCUGGCGGCCAGGUGGGUGUACCCGGAGGUAAUAUUCGACCGCAAGGUGGUCAGCAUGGUGGUGCUGUGGGCAGUGGACAAACCUUGAACGAAGCUCAGCUUGCACUUAUUAUGCAGAAGAUCAAAAAUAAUCCAUCGCAUGACAACCAACAGAUAUUACAAGUUCUAAAGCGUAACCCCCAAAUAAUGGCUGCCAUAAUCAAACAAAGAUCACAAAGCCAGCCUAGUGCCAGCGGUAGCAGUGGAGUUGCGACGACUGUAAAUGGGCCGCAGCAACAGCAACAACAGCAGCAGCAGCAACAACAAGUAAUGCAACAAAAUCAGCAGCUGCAGCAUAUGAUGAGUCAACAACAGCAAAUGCCCCAAGCUAAUCAACAGCAAGUGGUGAUGCAGCCACAACAACCGGGUCCUCCACAUCAACGUAUGCCAGGCAUGCAAAACCCAAUGAUGAUGCAACAACAACAGCAAGUACCUGGUGGUAUGCAACAGCAACAGAUACCGAAUGUACAAUGGUUCAAGGCGCGUCAAAUGCCAAUGCCCAACUACCCGCCACCAUAUCCUCAAAGACAACGUGCACCACCAUUAAUGGGUGGCGGUGGAGGACAACAAUACGGUGGUGGUAACUUUGGACCUGGAGGGCCGGGAGACCAAUAUACAGCAGCUGCUGCUAUGCAACAAGGCCUGAAGCCACCAACACCGCAACAACAAAUGGGUGGUAUGCCGGGCGCUGUGGGACAGCAACAACAACAGCAACAGCAAAUGAUGCAAGGAGGUAACGUGGUUGGUGGUCCUGGUGUAGGUAUGGUUGGUGGUCCUAAUGUAAUGGGCCCACCGACACCCCACACGUUGCAACAACAAUUAAUGCAAACGACUGCGCGCGCUUCACCGCCAAUACGUUCACCACAACCAACACCGUCACCACGUUCAGCGCCAUCACCUCGAGGAGGAGGCCCAUCAGCAUCGCCACGAGCACAACCGUCGCCACAUCAUGUAAUGAGCCAUUCGCCAGCUCCAGGCCCACCACACGACGGUGGGCUACAUAACCAUGUUGGCGGUAUGCAUGCACCGCAUCAAUCACCAUUGCCAGGUGGUGUUUCACAGGAUGUAGGUGUUGGUGGUGUUGUUGGUGGCGGAGUUGUUGGCGGUGCGGGUCCUAGCCAAGCUGUUGCCGAUGCAUCCGACCAGUUGACCAAGUUUGUGGAACAACUCUAGUGCAGCAAUUAACAGCUACAAACAUCUCCAAGCCCGUUCACCAGCAAUAGCAACAAGAUGUAUCCGCGUUAUUACUGAGAUAUAACGUAAUUGUGCAAAUGUACAGGUUUUUUUUUUUUUUGAUCAUAUUUAUUAUUUCCAACUUAGUUAAAUUUUUUAAUUUAUAUAUGUUUAGUUUUUGUGAAAACAAAUCUAUUUCCAAAAAUUAGAAUUAGUAUUUAAUUGUUUCUUUGAAUUAUACCUAUAGUUAUGAAUAGUGUGUAGUUUUUUUUUAUAAAGUUAUCAUCAUACGUUCCAUUGCGACCUUGUCACUCUUUACAUUCAAGAAUGAAUAACUGCUUGCUGAGCGAUGCUUUAGUAGAUGCAUACACGUAGUACUCAAGAUAGACAAAAUCGAUCAAAGAAUCAGUAUAAGAUGAUGUCACCAGUAAGGUAGG